AUGGCUGCACAGGGUCUUCGGCAUUCUUCAGCCAACUUGAUGGAGAUGAAUGUUCAAGGAAGAUUGGACAAAGUCGCCAACAGCACUCAUCCAGGCUACCCUAUGCGUGGCUCGGAGACUUGCGGCACGGAAAACGAUUCAUCAACUGCAUGGGUCAAGGUCGAAAAAACCGGGGUGAUCACGUUCUCCAAUUUUCAGGGAGACAACUCGACAUAUACAUUGGACAAUGGACUCAAGCAUGGCAGCCGGUGGACUGCUUCAGACCUGGGAUCUUCCGCCAAGUCGCCAUCCACCAAGUCGUCCUCCACCAAGCUGUCCUCCACCGAGUCAUCCUACACCGAGGCAUCUUCCUCUUUGAUAACGCGGAAGACUUCGCCAUCGAUUUCUGAGUCAUCUUCGACUAAGACCGCCCCUACCCCCGAUUGUUCUGCAGCCUGGUAA